GUCUUGUCCAUCAGUUUAUAUAGUUUUGGUAUAGUUGCAAAUGGUCUUGUUUUCUGAUACACUUCAAGAAAAGAGACAGAAUCAUAUAUAUGUUUGUUCUUAUGCAAUUCUUGGACACUCAUAUUCUCAGGUAUUUAUAGUUUCCUCAGUUUUGCAUUUUAAGUUAAUUUUAGUUAGUUCUUUUUCUUUUCUCUUUUACUUUGCUUGUGUACUUGUUCUUGAAUUUUUUUCAGGUAAAGCAACAAUGAGCAGCAGCUUCAGUAGUUCAUACUCAGACAUUGAAACUGCUUUCAACCAACACCAACUUUCAUUACUAACAGGAGAUCAGUUUCUUGAUUAUACUGAAAAUAAUUUUGAUUUCCUGCUUAAUACGUUUGUUGAUCCAUUUUAUGACUCUGUUAAUUUCCUAAAUUACUCGGAUAAUCUCCUUCUAUGUGAGUCUCCAAAAACCUAUGCACCUGAAGAUUUCAAUUUGGCAUAUCCAAACACUAAGCGUCCGAAAUGCAAUAAUACUGAAGAUUUCUGCUGCUACUCUUAUUCUGACUACUUUACACAACCGCCAACUUCUGUUCAAGUUAAUAGCGAUGAUAAUAAUGGAGGAAAGAAGAUGAAUAUGGAGGUGAGGAGUGUGUCAGCACAGAGCAUAGCAGCAAGAGAAAGGAGGAGGAAGAUCACAGACAAGACUCAAUUGCUAGGGAGAUUGAUUCCAGGUGGAAGUAAGAUGAACACAGCUGAGAUGCUUCAAGCUGCUUACAAGUAUGUCAAAUACUUGCAGGCUCAACUUGGCGUUCUUCGAUUCUUAUUUGGCUCAUCACAGCUGAAAGCGAAGGACAUAAAAGAACUGCAAAUUCUUGGAUCUGCCUCAUUUCAAGAGAAGCUAUACAUGCAGGAGAAGUGCUUGGUUCCCAACGAGAUUGCUCUAAUUUUGACAAAUAAUCAGGACGUCAAUUCUGAUACCUCCAUAUCAGACCUCACUCUGUUGUUCAACGACAAGUAGUUUUAUUUAUCACUGUCUAAUUUCUAAUCAUUGCAUUGUAAGGAUCCUUAUAUGUUCUUUAACUUUGAACAUCGACUGACAUUAAUUUUAGUUAGCUUCUUCUUACCCUGGCAACAUCAGACACCUGUUUUAAUGGCAAAUAAUAAUUUUGACGCCAAUGUUUUCAUAUUCGAAUUGUUUAGGUAAAAAAAAAAAAUUCCAUCCAACGUUAAACUGAAAGCAGAAAAACCAAGGCGAUCUUAUUGUUCAACUGUUUUAGAUACAAUCUCUCCUGUCAUAAUCAGAGAAUGGACCUCUUUUUCCAUAACCAGAGAAUUCAACUAGGCAAUCCUAAAGCAGCAUCUUGCUGCCAAGCUUCCAGAUUUAGGAAGUGU